AUUGACGUCGUUUACGAUUGCCAUGUGUAGUCACUAGGUUAGGUUUCUCAUGGUAGCCUAGACAUCGUGUUGCUAAUGCAUGGCCAGAAGUAUAAAUUUGCACAGAUAAACGCAACUCUGGAACAUUGAUCGACCAGCCUCUUGUAUCAGAUACAAGAAGAUAGAUAACGCCGGCGUGGCAGCUCAUCUGCACGUCGAGGUGCUGUAAGCACGUGGUGAGGUUAAGCUAUGGCGAAGUAUCUGAUACAGAUCAUCGUGAUGGGCACGCAGGUCAUCGGCAAAGCGUUCGCGCGCGCAUUGCGCCAGGAAAUCGCGGCGAGCCAGGAAGCGGCACGGAGGGCGGGCGGUGGCACUCGGGGAGCGCAACACGUCGCCGCCAACACCAGGACCGGUCUUACCCUAGAAGAGGCUCUACGCAUCCUGAACGUGGAACGUCCUGAUCAAACGGAGUUGAUCGAGCAAAACUACAAAUAUCUCAUGGAGGCUAAUGACAAGUCGAAGGGCGGUUCAUUCUAUCUGCAGUCUAAGAUUGUUCGUGCCAAGGAACGCAUUGACGAGGAAUUAAGAAACCAAAAGGGAACGGCGACUCCACCACCACCGACAUCGCAGGAAGCUUCGACAAGCAGUCGAGAAACUUCUAGGCAGCCAUGAGAUUUGUUCCUAGUCUAAAUUUACUUAUUCUAGACAACUGUACAUAAUGUCAUAAUAAACAAUAGAUUCUGAUAUUGAUUAGCAUGGUUUCAAAGUA